AUGGCUAACACAACACAAGCCCUUAGUCGGCUCCGGAGGUUAUACGCCGGGGUCGUGCGGUCCAUGGCCCUCUACGGCGCCCCUGUUUGGGCGCCAAACCUGUUGCGGCGUCCCGCUCGGACGCUGCUCAUGGCACAGAGGGUCAUGGCGAUCCGAAUGAUCCGCGGAUACCGCACGAUCUCUGGGGAGUCGGCGAACCUCCUUGCCGGAUUACCGCCGUGGGAUCUGGAGGCGAAGGUGCUCGCGCGCGUGUACAGCAUGCGCGCGGAGGCACGUCGCCGGGGCGAAACCCCGCUGCCGCGCCAGAUAGGUGCGUGGCGGGAUGAGCUCCGGCGCGAUCUCAUGGCGGAAUGGCAGCAACGACUGUCGCAACCGAGGGCUGGGCUCGCUGCCAUCGCAGCGGUAAGUCCCCUCUUUGAGGAGUGGCUUGAGAGACGCUACGGCGUCCUCACCUACCGCCUGACGCAGGUCCUCACCGGACAUGGAAGUUUCGGGAGGUACCUGUGUCUGAUGGGGCGGGAGGAAACGCCCGGGUGUCAUCACUGCGAGGACCGCCCUGAGGACACGGUGGAACACACGGUGGGAGAAUGCCCUUCGUGGGCUGAGCACCGCCGUGUCCUCAGGGAAGUGAUCGGCGAUGGCGACCUCUCGCGUCCGGGCCUAGUGCAGGCCAUG